UGCCCAUGCCUCCCGUCUUUGUCCUUUUCGUAUUUAUCUGAUCAACCAUUCCUGUCAAAAACCUUUUGUAAACAUUCCUUCGGAUAUAAUUAUCAAAGAGCAACCAACAGAAUUAAUAAUUCCUCAAAAACAUGAUCAUUCACAGGCUCCGCCUCUUCCGAAUUCUCUUUAG